AUGUUCUCGUCAAACGCCAGAGUAGCUAGCAGGACAUUCGUCCGUAGCAAGGUCACUACCGUCUCGCCAGAUACCCAGAAGGUUGUCAACCAACUUUCGGUGUUAUCUGCCUCCAAGAAGCAGCCCAAGGUUCUCAAACUUUGUCAGGAAGAUUUAGUCAAGCAUCAAACAAUCACGAACGCAUGGAGAUUAUUCAAGCGCAAGAAUAACGAAAAGAGACAUCAGCAACUUGCGAAGCAAUAUGAAAGCAUAAAGACCGCCAUGAGCGAAUUAAAAGAGGUGAGCCCUGAGUUGUUCGAGAUAGCGAACAAGAAGGAGCCCGUGAGAUUCCCAGUUGACUUUAGGAUACCCACGGAUUACCCUCCUAACAAGCCAUGGGUAACAUACUAUUCCAAGCCCGAAACCGAAAAAUAA